AUGGUUUUCGUGCUCAUAUCCCUAUUCACACUAGUCUCUUCUGUGAGACUCCGUACAUCUUCUUCACAAAUAGAACUUGGUAAUAUUAAUAUAGAGCCUGCAUUGCCAGAAGGCUUUUCAUACGUAGGUUAUGAUUGCUCUACAACUGAGACAAACUACAUAAAAGAAGUGUGCACAUUAUGCCAAGCUGAUUUUGUAUAUACAGCUCCAUACCCUGAUGUGGCAUAUCUUGAAGGCUAUUAUGAGGAGACUAAAGAGCAAAUUCAGCCCAUUCUAACUGAUGUGAGUGAUCACAUUCCUCAAGCUAAAAUGUACGCUGUAGCAGUCAAUAAUUCAAUGAUUUGCAUUUCUGGGUUUCAGUUUAAAGAAGAGGCUGAUUACGAGGCAAUUUUUGAUUAUAAAAUUUUACCCUAAAUUUGCAUAUAAUUUAUAUAGAAUAUAUAAAAAAAUCUAUUUAAUUGAAAUUUAAUAUUUCCUCGGAAUUAGCCCAAUUAAUGUAGCAGUCCCUGAGAUUUUUGAUAUAGAAAAUUCCACGACAUUGACAUAUAUUGGAACCAGAUAUAAUGGAUCUUCCUAUGACUAUCUCUCUUUGAAUUAUGAUGCUCAGGAUACAGCAGAAGUAUCAGAAUCCACUACUUAUUAUUUAGACACUAUGUAUACCUAUUUUGAAUACGGAGUUGGCUACAAUGUCUACUCAGGGACUUGUGACAUUAAAAGCGGAAGCAAUAAAGUAAGUGUCGGCUUUGAAAUAGAGACUGAUUAUUAUAGGAAUUAUAGUGAUACUUUUGUAAGCACAUUAGAUAUAGGAACUGAUUAUACAGUUAACGAAUGAGCAAAAGUCCUUGAUGCAGACUCACCUUGUACAUCAGUACAGCCGCCAAGAGGAAUUUCUUCACUACAAUCCUUGCACUGCACAUCUAGCACACAAACUUUUACAUAUAGUAGCAAUAGUGAUGAAAUGAUAAUGAAUGAAGAAACCAUAGGCUACACAACCCCACCAUUUGCAAUUUCUCCAGAAAUCGCUGUAGACUCUGCGCCUGGGUUUCUAGUUAAUGAUAAAGCUGAACAAACAUGUAUUUAUAAGAUAUAUACAAACUGGGUUUAUUAUAAUUACACUAUAUCACUAAUGGUUUAUAGUGAUGCAGACGAUGGGCAUAUGAAAGCUAAUGGAGUCUUUACAGAUCCAACUGAAAUUACAGUUGAACAAAUAGAUAAAGAUUUUUACCAACAAAUGUUUCCUGAAGAUAACGAUAUGUUCCCAGUUUUCUUGCCUGAAGAUCCUUAUGUGGUGACUGAUUUUAAGAAUGGAACAAUCAUGAGUCCACAAAUUCAGCUUUAUUUUGAGCCUGAUACAAGCUAUGCGAUAUAUGGAGAAGAAGCUCAAGGAGGAAGUCUUGAAGUUAUAUCAGGAAGAGUCCAUGAAGCAGUGCAAACUGUUAUAAAUUCGUAUACAAUUGGACCUGAUUGGCUAUAUGAUUAUGGAAUUUCUGUGUACGAAACAACAGUCUAUAUGAGCAGCGCUGAUAUUAAUGUUACUAGCUCCCCUAUUAUGGCAUCUAUGCUGGAUGCAGAUCGAGAGGAAUGGAAACAAGGGGUUAUAAUAGAAAUAAGAUGCACUUUUAAUGAUAACUGCGAAAAAAAUGACUUUUGUGGAAUAUUACAAAGAUAUGGGGUUGAAGAAGGAGAAACUGAGCUUAAACUAGAUGGGUAAACCCGCUUAUAUUGAAUAUACUAUUAUUAGCUGUUUUUAAAAAAUAGAAUAAAAUGGCGCUUCAUACACUAAAAGUAUGUAUAUAUUGUAGAAAAUACAAUAGUUCUAGAAAGUGAUAUGAGUGAUAUCCCACUUAGUGACUCAGUAGAUUUUGAAGAAGCAGGCUUAAGUGCUGAAUAUGAAGAGCAAGGCUUAGUUUUGAUUGUUGAAGGAGCAUUUUACUUACAAGUUGAUAGUGAAACAACUUUAAGGUUCAUCGGAACAAUUAGUCAAGGUGAAAAUUACACUGCAGAGCUCAAAACUCAGAGUGAAGACCUAUGGGAAAAUGCUAUGGAAGUCCUUCGGCUGCAUAUUAUUGGGAUUUCUCUCACAGGCUUUGUGGAUGGAAAUGGAACUUUGAUAGAAUCCACAAGUCUUGGGAACGCUUUAAUAGGAGAAGACUGUUGGGAAAACAAUCAAGCUAGUGAGUCUUGCUUAUCAGGAGAUACAGAGCUAUAUCUUAAUUUCCAUAGCUACACCUAUAACAAUUUUUCAUUAUAUAUCCAAAAUAUUACAACUGAAGAGUUUUAUAACUAUCUUGGAGGCUAUUCCUAUCAAUCUUUUGACUCUAUUCCAUUAGCAAGUGCAUGCUUAAGCUUUCCUGCUGGGAUAUUUAUAGAUCACCAAUAUGAAUCUUCAAUUUUUUACCUUUCAGGAAAUGCUGAAUAUUGCGGAGUAUAUGGAGAAUUAGAAGGAACAACUGAUUCUUUUGUAUCAGGAGAUUUUGAUAUAAAUGUUACCUUGGAUGAUUUUUAUUUCUUAAGAGAAAACGCUAAAAUGAGCAGCCCAGCCGCUUUUCUUAAAACAGAUAGAGAAGAAGAAAAAAGUGAAGGAACUAUAUCAGGUGAUUUUUACGCUUGGGAAAUUGAAAAAUCUGAGUCAAUUUCUAUCAAUAACAACAAAUACCAGUUUUCUACAUCAGGAUAUAUUUUCGCUGGCAUUUAUAACGUGACUCUUGACUUUACAGGUGAAACCAACCCUGAUAUAUCCACGGCUAUUUUUUCAGUUGACUUCAAAAUCAAUGAAGACCACGUAGACUCUAUUGAAGAAUCCACAAGAGACCUUAUUUAUCAAUGGGUCAAUUAUGGUUAUGACGCACUAGUCGAAAAUGGCUUGUUUAUUGAUAAUUUAACUCAAAGUCUCUCAUACUGGGAUGCAAUGAGAUGUAAUUCCACCCUAACCUGCCCAUCAAAAUUGCAAUGCACAACUAAUAUAAACGAAGAAUGUACUCAAUAUUCUAAUAAACAGUCCUGCUCCAGUAAUAAUACAGGCUGUGAAAAUAUUCAGGUAGAAUGCACCUUAUCUGAAGUCAUCUGUAUAAAGCAAAAAAGAAACUGUGAUGGAGAAUGCCAAUGCUUAAGCGAAGUCACAGUCUGCAAAAAAUGGGAAAAUAGCUGCAUGGACCGAUCUGAUGAAUGCCAAGAUAAAAUCAUAGAAAAAGACUAUUCAAAAUGCAGUCAAACUGAGCGGCUUUGUGAAAAAAUAGAAAAAUUGGAUUUAGAAUGCGAGCUGAGGUGUGAAUGGAUUGAAAAUACUUAUAAUAAAGCCAAAGAAAUAUAUGAGGCUUAUGAAGAAGGAUAUGAAGAGUCUUUGGAAGAGCUAAAAGGGUUUGAAGAAAUUUUGGAUAAAAUGAAGACAAAUUAUGAGUUUGGACGACUUGUGGAGAUUGAUAGGAUUGAUUCAAUUAAAAACAUCAAUGAGACUGGGCUUGGACCUUCUGAUUUUACUAUGACAGUUACAGGAAAAACUGUAAGUUUAGAAGCUGAUGCCUUAGAAGAAACUCAAUAUGAUGUGAUUUGGGAUUUCUACACUGCAAGAGAGAAUCAAGCAGAGGUCUAUAAGAAUACAAAAGAAAACAUCAUAGAAAACAGCAAAGAUGAGCUCACUGAAGAUUUAGUUCAAAAAUCCCCACAAGAAGUAAUCAGAGAAAACGUCGAUUAUAAUGAAAACCAAGUCGUUUCAGAAGAAAUCACAUCUCUACUUCAAUUAUUUGGCCGUAAUAAUUAA